AUGCUCAGCAGCAUUAGGAUACACCAGCACGAGCACAAGGAGCGAACGGCAGCAGUGAGUAUUCGCCUCACCAUCGAGCAGCAAUAUAAAAUGCGACGACGACGAGGAGGAGGAGGGCAGGGAGGAGGAAGACGACGACGACGAGGACCAGGACGAGGAGCAGGAGCAGGAGCAGGAGCAGGAGCAGGAGGAGAAGGAGGAAGAGGAGGAGGAAGAGGAGGAGGAGGAGGAGGAGGAGGAGGAGGAGGAGGAGGAGGAGGAGGAGGAGGAGGAGGAGGAGGAGGAGGAGGAAAAGGAGGAGGAGGAGGAGGAAGAGGAGGAGGAGGAGAGGACGAGGAUGAUGAGGAAGACAAGGAGGAGGAGGAGGAGGAGGAGGAGGAGGAGGAGGAGGAGGAGGAGGAGGAGGAGGAGGAGGAGGAGGAGGAGGAGGAGGAGGACCAUGACGACGACGAGGAGGAGAAAGACGAGGAGGACGAGGAGGAAGAGGAGGAGGAGGAGGAGGAGGAGGAGGAGGAGGAGGAGGAGGAGGAGGAGGAGGAGGAGGAGGAGGAGGAGGAGGAGGAAGAGGAGGAGGAGGAGGAGGAGGAGGAAAAGGAGGAGGAGGAGGAGGAGGAACUGUACUGUAUGAUGCACGAGAGUGGGGAGUUGAAAGAGGUGUUUGCAGAGAAAGGGGUGCUGGGAGGGGCGGGGAAGGGAGAUGCACCAGGAGCAGUGACGGCAGCAGCAGCAGCAGCAGCGGCGGAUGGGCAGGUUGAUGGGGCGAAGGGGUUGCAAGAGCGGCUGAAGGCACUCCUCUCGUCUUCGCCUACCAUGCUGUUCAUGAAGAUGAUUGAAGGCACUCGUCUCGUCGUCGCCUUCCUCUCAUCCCUUCCUCUCAUCCCUUCCUCUCAUCCCUUCCUCUCAUCCCUUCCUCUCAUCCCAUCCUCUCUGCUGCGUUACCUCUCAGGGAACACCGGAGGAGCCGCGGUGUGGGUUCAGCCGCAAGGUGGUGGAUGCAGUCCAGGAACACCGCAGGAGCCCCGGUGUGGGUUCGGCCGCAAGGUGGUGGAUGCAGUCAAGUCAGACAUGGACUCAUCGCAUGGCACACCCGAGGAGCCGCGGUGUGGGUUCAGCCGCAAGGUGGUUGAUGCACUCAUGUCAGAAGGCAUUUCCUUUGGCAGUUUUGACAUUCUCACGGAUGAAGCAGUGAGGCAGGGGCUGAAGGAGCUCUCCAAUUGGCCCACGUACCCCCAGGUGUACCACAAGGGCGAGCUGAUUGGUGGAUGCGAUAUUGUGCUUGAAAUGAAGGCUAAUGGGGAGCUUAAAGCCGAGCUUGGAGGGUGA